AAUAUAUCAAUGAAUUAAGUGUGACCCAAUAACUGCAAUUCAAACUCAUCUAUCAUUCUCUUUCUUUCUCUCAAAAACUCACCCACCACAAUUUUUUUUUCCCUAACAAUGGAUUCAAGUAACAAUGAAACAACCCACGAAUUCCCACCAUACUUCAAAGUCUACAAAGAUGGUCGCAUUGAAAGGUACAUGGUCCCAGAUAGCGGAGGUAACCACCUUGCACCCGCAGGCCUAGACUCCAAAACUGGGGUCCAAACCAAAGACGUCGUCGUUUUGCCCGAAUCAGGUGUAUCAGCUAGACUCUUCAUCCCCAAAAUCAACGGCCCAGAUCAAAAGUUCCCUCUAGUUGUUCACUACCACGGUGGGGGCUUCUGCCUUGGAUCACCUUUCAUGAAAACCUUUCACAACUUUCUUGUUUCCUUAGUCUCAGAAGCCAAAGUGGUUGUUAUUUCCGUUGACUAUAGGCUAGCCCCAGAGCAUGCUCUACCAGUUGCACAUGAAGAUUCUUGGGCUGCGAUGCAGUGGAUUUCAGCCCACUCAAAUGGGCAAGGACCCGAACCUUGGUUGAACCAGUAUGCGGAUUUCGGGCGGGUUUUUGUGACGGGUGAGAGUGCUGGGGCUAACAUAGCCCAUUACGUUGCAGUCCAAGCUGGCGCUACAGAAUUGGCUGGUCCUAAUGUUAUUGAGUCAAUCAUAUUGCACCCAUAUUUUGGGGGCAAAGAGCCUGAUAAAAUGAUUAAUUAUAUGUACCCGACUAGUGUCGGGUUCAAAGAUCCGAUACUGUACCCGGAAGCGGAUCCGAAUUUGUCAAAGAUGGCAGGUAAGAAAGUGCUGGUUUGUGUGGCGGAGAAAGAUUGGCUAAAAGAUAGAGGUUUGGGUUAUUGUGAAACAUUGAGAAAGAGUGGUUGGAAUGGUAGUGUGGGAUAUUUUGAGAGUGAAGGAGAGGGACAUGGGUUUUUUCUGUUGAAUCCAAGUAGCGACAAGGUGGGGCCAAUGAUCAAAGCCAUGGCUGAUUUCAUAAAUCAGAACUAAGGUAAUGUUGUUGCCUUGUUGGUUUUUCAUUUUAUGAAGACUUUUAGUUGUAAACUGGACUUUCGUGGUGCGCUACGAAUGUCUUUGUUAUUUAGUGAUAUGAAAUAAAUGUGUUAGCUUUUUGCUUGAUGGUUU